AUGUUGAAACAGUGUCUGCGCCUGUUCUCGACCGCCGGCGCCCGUCUCGGCGGCUACUCGACGGUCCAGCCCGUGCACCAUCUUGUCAAAAUCAAAAAAAGUGCCUUGAUGCCCAAGUACGACGAGGUCUCCAUCCCCAAAGAUGACAUCGAAUCUGUAGGCUUCAGACCAACCGAAAUCGAACAGGAUCGUGUUGCCGAACACUACCGCAACUCGCUCAAGAGCGACUUGAUGUUGUAUUUCUACGAGCACGACGCUGAGGUCGUCCGCGGUCAGAAACUCAGAGACCACGACCCAACCUCUCCAUAUGCGUUGUAUCGUCACAAAAGAAAGCCUCGCGGGUUCGGAAGACCCACACGUGAUGUGUACCCCAUUGGUCCCACCAACAUCCCUGAGCUUACGGGGAUCUCGCUCAAUCUCUACGCUAAAGAUGCCCAUGUAUACCCAUGGCUCAACAUCUCCACCAGCUUGCAGUUGGCCCAGAUCACAAACGUGAAGCCCAAGCCUGUCAAAUCGAAGAUCAACGACUUGAGUUGGAAGGUGCGUAUGGGAAAGAGAUGUGGUGCCAAGGUGGAGUUGACCGGCUCCGACAUGAGCCAGUUCUUGCUGACGCUCACCGAAUUGGUGUUGCCCAGAAUAAGAACGUUCCGCGGUGUGCCCAAGAAGUCUGGUGACAAGUUCGGUAACAUUUCCAUUGGUUUGGAUCCAGAGGACGUCAAGUUCUUCCCAGAGAUUGAACACUUCCAGGAGUUGUUCCCCAACCUUUUCGGUUUCCACAUCACAUUCAAGACCUCUGCGCGUACCGAUGAUGCUGCCCGUGUGUUGUUGAGCUCACUCGGGUUGCCAUUUGAGAAUGCUCCUGCCAUGUAA